ACUAUAUAGAAAUGAACAAAGCAAUGACGUAUUCAGUGACGCUCUUGUUUAGUUAAGAAAAAUCUUACUGUAUAGAAAUGGCUUUUAUAUAGUGCCUCUCAUUCCCUGUUCCAUUAAUUAGCCUCAUCAUUAAUUGUUUAGCAUAGUUUAAAGUAGAGAUGUCAAGUCCUCAGUGUUUUGAGAAUCCACCAAACCUGAACUCAGGUGUCCAUGGCUCAGGGAAUAUCCAAGAACUUGGUGGUGUUAAAUCCUAUGUCACUGGUCCCCAUGAUUCCAAGUUGGCACUUAUACUAAUCUCUGAUGUAUUUGGAUAUGAAGCACCAAAUCUAAGGAAACUCGCCGACAAAAUGGCAGCAGCCGGAUUCUUGGUGGUUGUUCCUGAUCUUCUGUAUGGAGACUACUUUGAUCUUGAAAAUCCUCAGUUCGACCGAGCUGCAUGGCUACGAGCUCAUGGGACGGAUAAGGGAUGUGAGGAUGCCAAACCUUUAUUUUCUGCUCUAAAGAGUAAAGGUGUUACAGCCAUAGGAGCUGCAGGCUUCUGCUGGGGAGGGGUGGUGGUUGUGAAAUUGGCAAAUUCCAGUGACAUUGACAUGCAGGCUGCAGUUAUUUUGCAUCCUGGUCCAAUCCCAGAUGAUGAAUACAGUGAGAUCAAGGUUCCUGUAGCUCUAUUGAUGGCUGAAAAUGACAAUUGUUAUACACCAGAGAAAGCAAAGCAAAUUGGUGAGAUGUUGUCUGCAAAACCAGAGUUAGAGAGCUUUGUGAAGAUAUACCCGGGUGUGUCUCAUGGAUGGACAGUGAAGUACAAAGUUGAUGAUGAAGGAGCUGUGAAGAGUGCUGAAGAGGCACACCAUGACAUGUUGAAUUGGUUUAUCCACCAUGUCAAGUGAAGAUAUUAAAACAAGAAAUCAAUUGGGAUUGAGGAGAGAGUCUUGGAUUUUUUCUACUUAGAGUGGUGAUCAAUCAUUAGAAUAAAGAAUAAUGCUGUGGGAUUAGCUUUAUAAUAUGUUACUAUUGUAUAUGUAAUUUCUUGAACAAAAUAAUUUUCAACAGAAGAAUGUUUGCUACCAAA